AUGCCACUCGCUUGUAGAAGUCGUCGGCUUGGGACAGCUUGGCAGUGGGAGCCACCAUGUCAAAUGGGCUCUUCUGUUUGCGUCCAAAUGCCAACUCAUAGGAUAACGGUCCCAGUUGUUGUGCUCCGCGUCCUGGUACUUGGCAAACUGGGUACCGAAGGUGGCGUUGAACCGUUCCACUUGCUCGUUCGUCUGCGGGUGAACAAUACCAUGUUUGGUCCUUACAAAAAAGUUCGUCGCCAACCAGAUUUGAGAAAGAAUUUAUCCGCUAUUGUUAGGGCACAACAUGGUAUUGUUCGAGUGAAAUAA